GGAGCCCCAACCUAGCCACUCCCCUGCCCCUGCUCCCAGUCCUUCCCACUCCUGGACAGACCAGGUUGAGCAGGGAAAUGGGCAAUGUUGACGGAGACCUGCCAUUAACCUGCUGGAUGACUCUGGGCAGGUCCCUGGCUCUCUCUGGUUGCCAGUCCCUUUCAGUUUUGAGUGGUGGAAGUUCAACACUGUUGGUCUAAGUAAAGAAAGUGAAUCUGUUGACUGAAAAAUUGAAAGAAUGUUGUCUUCAGGCAUGGUUGACAUGUUUGGAUCCAGGUCUUCAAAGAGUGCCAUUGGGAAUCUGUCUUCAUCUUGUAGCUCUGUUCCUCUCUGACAGCUUCACUCUCAUGCUGAUAAAGAUGAGUCCAAGAAACUCAGCUCCCAUGGAAAUGUGAGCUCAUUCUCUGCAGACCCAGAAAAAGUUGCAGGAUUCCUUUACAUUGGCCUGGCCUGGGUCACAGGGACCAAUUCUUCCUCUAGUCACUGAGACUUGAUUGCUGAGGCUUAGGGUCAUAUGCUCAGCUCUGGAACAGAGGAUGGGGUGGCAUGGCCACUCUCCUAACUACUUGGAUUGAGAGUGGAGGAGGAACAAGAUGCUAGUUCCAGAAGGGGAUGAAUGCUGGGCAAGUAGAUACCACAGAUGUCCAUCCACCAGCAUCCCUGCUAGGUUGGCAUUUCCUGGGUGAGGAAACCAAGGCUCAGGGGGCAUAAUAAGUUCUGAAGGCCACAUAGUAUGCUGAAGCUUCCCUCUUCUGUGUGUUCUUGGCUGCUCUAGCUGCCUCUGCUGGGAGGGACCCUAAGCUGGAAAGGGAUUUGGGGUGUGAAGAUGGCCAGAGUAUUGUGGGGGAAGAUCUACCAGACCUCAGGUUGGUCAACUGUGUCUGGUUGGCCCUGGGGGGCUGGUCUAGAGGCACAAGGGAGCAGUGGCAGCUCUUUGUGGUGGAUGGGGCUCAGCAUCUGAGGGUGGCAGCAUCCUUUGGUCUCUUUAAGGGCAUAGGAACCCCUUACCUAAGUACUUAAUGGCCAGUAUGGGGUGGAAGGGGAUACUGAGGAAGGCUAAGUCACUCCUGGGCCAUGUCUGGGACAUUAAUGGGACCUUUAAGUCCUGUCUGGGACCAUCUGUAGGACACACUGAGGUCGUGUCAGAUUGUCUUUGGGUCCAUGUCAGAGCAUGUUGUGUCCUGUCAAUGUGUGUUAUGCAUGUUGUUUCAUGUCAGGACAUGUCAGGACAUAGCCCCAACACAUGGUGUGGCCAUGUCAACUGUUGCAGGAAAUGUCAGGGGGCUCUGGGACAGAUGAGGUGUCCUAGGUCCCUGUAAAGGCAUUUUGUAGAGUGCUGAUUUGUGUUCGGGUGUUUUGAAUGUGUUAGACCAGGUAGGAGCCAUGUCAAGGUGUGUUGGGGUGUGUUGUGUCAUGUUAGGGUGCAUCUAAGUACAUCUAAGUGUGUCUGCAGGCUCUGCCUUUGCUCCGCUCUGUGCUGCAGCCUGGUCUGGUCCCCCGUCAUCUACCCACUCCUCUCUGUUUUCUCUGCCCUUGUUCCCAUUCCUGCUAUGCUGGGCUUAAAGGGGGUAUGCAGAACCCUGAUUGGGAUCCUUCACCUCCCAACAAAAAGCCCCUCCCCACCUCUUCUCCAUGGCCCCUGAUGGUCUAUCUCUUGUGUCAGCCACCAUCAUACCCAAGGAUAUGUUUUUCUACAACCUCCUGAAGCCCUGGCUGGGGGAUGGGCUCCUGCUGAGUGCUGGUGACAAGUGGAGCCACCACUGCUGCUUGCUGACACCUGCCUUCCAUUUUGAAAUCUUGAAACCCUAUGUGAAGAUUUUCAACAAAAGCGCAGGCAUCAUGCAUGCCAAGUGGCAGUGCCUGGCCUUGGAAGGCAGCACCCAUCUAGACAUGUUUGAGCACAUCAGCCUCAUGACCCUGGACAGUCUGCAAAAAUGUGUCUUCAGUUUUGACAGCAAUUGCCAGGAGAGUCCCAGUGAAUAUAUUGCUGCCAUCUUGGAGCUCAGUGCCCUUGUGGUGAAAUGGCAGGAGCAGAUCUUCCUGCACAUGGACUUCCUGUACAAUCUCACCCCCAAUGGGUGGCGCUUCCACAGGGCCUGCAACCUGGUGCACAACUUCACAGAUGCUGUCAUCCAGGAGCGGCGCCGUGCCCUCAUUAGUGGGGGUUCCCAUGACUUCCUCAAGGCCAAGGCUAAGGCCAAGACUUUGGACUUCAUUGAUGUGCUCCUGCUGGCCAAGGAUGAAGAUGGAAAACAAUUGUCAGAUGAGAACAUCCGAGCUGAGGCUGAUACCUUCAUGUUUGAGGGCCAUGACACCACAGCCAGUGGCCUCUCCUGGGUCUUGUACAACCUUGCAAAGCACCCAGAAUACCAGGAACGCUGUCGGCAGGAGGUGCAAGAGCUCCUGAGGGACCGUGAGCCUCAAGAGAUUGAAUGGGACGACCUGGCCCAGCUGCCCUUCCUGACCAUGUGCAUCAAGGAGAGUCUGAGGCUGCACCCCUCGGUUACAGUCAUUGCCCGCCGCUGUACCCAGGACGUCAGGCUCCCUGAUGGCCGGGUCAUCCCCAAAGGGAGCAUCUGUGUCAUCAGCAUCUUUGGGAUUCAUCACAACCCGUCUAUCUGGCCGGACCCUGAGGUAUACAAUCCCUUCCGCUUCGACCCAGAAAUCCCCCAGAAGAGGUCUCCCCUGGCUUUUAUUCCCUUCUCCGCGGGGCCCAGGAACUGCAUUGGGCAGACAUUCGCCAUGACCGAGAUGAAGGUGGUCCUGGCGCUCACGCUGCUGCGCUUCCGGGUCCUGCCAGAUGAGGAGGAGCCGCGCAGGAAGCCGGAGCUCAUCCUGCGCGCAGAGGGUGGACUUCGGCUGCGCGUGGAGCCACUGAGCGCGGGCUCCCGGUGACCUUGCGAGCUGCUGGCUUGGGAUCCACCCAGAACCUACACGCCUCGCUUUGUGGAUUCCCAGGAAUGAAACUUUGCAGUCUCCUCUGCCAGAGCCUCAUCGAGAGCCAGCAGGGGUGGGUGAGGCGGGGUGGAGAGGAGGCCCAAGACCCUGAGAGCCUUUCCAGAUGACCACAGGCCCCCCAUGUUGAUUGCUGGUUCUACCAGAGCCCAAUCAAGGAGUUUAUCCUGUAGGCAAUAGGGAGCCUUGGGAGGUGUUUGAGCGAGAGAGGGACCAGGGUUAAGGACUGACUUAAGGGCAUGUUUGAGGCUCUGGGUCACAGAGGAGAACCCGUAGUAGCACUACGCUCUGAUCAGCCUGACCUCUGUUCCUAUCUAAUAUACCCAAACUUCUCUUACCUCAGGAUCCUUCACUAUGUCUAUAGUUACUAUGUUUACUUCAACAAAGCAAAUAUACUUUAUCCUGUGUGAUCAUUGCAGUCACUGUA